ACGGACACUUGAUCCAAACUCACACCUCCCUCCCCGCCACUCACCACCAACACAAACAAUGGCCUUGAAAUUGUUAGCGAAUCCACUUCAUUCAUCUUCUUCUCAAUCUCAAUCACAGUUCAGAAGCUUGUUAGCGAGCUCAAGAUCCUUCUGUCAGCCUAGUUUUCAUCUCCAAUGGCGGUCGAAAGUGAUUGUACUCUCGCGCAGUGGAACCAGAAGUUCAGGAUUGAUGGUGAGGGCGUCUGUAAAGGAAGAUGUGAAUGUGGCGGAGAAUGUCGGAAGUGAUUGGGGAAAAGUGUCUGCGGUUCUGUUUGACAUGGAUGGAGUAUUGUGCAACAGUGAAGAGGCGUCAAGGUUGGCUGCCGUUGAUGUGUUUGCUGAAAUGGGGGUUCAGGUUACUGUCGAAGAUUUUGUGCCAUUCAUGGGUACCGGUGAAGCAAACUUUCUUGGUGGUGUUGCUUCUGUAAAGGGUGUUGCAGAUUUCAACACUGAGACAGCUAAGAAGCGUUUUUUUGAGAUCUAUCUAGAUAAGUAUGCAAAACCAAAUUCUGGAAUAGGUUUUCCUGGUGCACUUGAACUUAUCACUGAGUGUAAAAACAGUGGUCUCAAAGUAGCAGUUGCAUCUAGUGCUGACAGAAUUAAAGUUGAUGCAAACUUAGCUGCUGCUGGCUUACCAUUGUCAAUGUUUGAUGCUAUUGUCUCUGCUGAUGCUUUUGAAAACCUGAAACCUGCUCCUGACAUUUUCUUAUCUGCCUCAAAAACUUUGAAUGUCCCCCCAAGUGAGUGUAUUGUAAUUGAAGAUGCAUUAGCUGGUGUGCAAGCUGCAAAAGCUGCACAAAUGAGAUGUAUAGCUGUGACAACAACGUUGUCUGAAGAUACCUUAAAGGAAGCCAAACCAUCACUAAUCAGAAAGAAUAUUGGAAAUAUUUCACUUCAAGAGAUUCUUGGUGGUGGCUCUAGUUACAGUAAUACAAAGAUGCAGGGUUCUCAAUAUUCAAACAAUCCUUCAGAAACCUCAUCUGGACUCAAGAAAAAUACAGAGGGUGGAUCUUUCCAAGAUGCAUAUUCUACUAAUGAUAUGGUUUUCUCUGUUGGAGGGUUGCAGGGUUCCAGGAGGAACAUUUUGAAAUAUGGAAGCUUGGGAAUUGCACUAUCUUGUCUUUAUUUCACAGUUUCAAACAUGAAGGCUAUGCAAUACGCAUCUCCAAAGGCUAUAUGGAAUUUGUUAUUUGGGACCAAGAGUCCACCCUUUGGGCAGAAAGAAGAUGGAACCCGUUCUUCAAGAAUCCAACAAUUUGUUAAUUAUAUAUCAGAUGUAGAAAGCAGGGAAAAUGCGACACAGGUUCCAGAGUUUCCAUCUAAACUUGAUUGGCUAAACACAGCUCCUCUUCAGCUACGUAGGGAUUUGAAAGGAAAGGUGGUUCUGCUGGAUUUUUGGACUUAUUGUUGUAUCAAUUGUAUGCAUGUGCUCCCUGAUUUGGAGUUCUUGGAGAAAAAGUACAAAGACAUGCCAUUCACUGUCAUUGGAGUGCACUCUGCAAAGUUUGAUAAUGAGAAAGACUUGGAAGCAAUUAGGAAUGCUGUAUUGCGCUAUGGAAUAACUCAUCCAGUAGUUAAUGAUGGAGAUAUGUAUAUGUGGCGAGAGUUAGGUAUAAGUUCAUGGCCCACAUUUGCUAUUAUUGGGCCCACUGGUAAGCUCCUUGCACAGCUGGCAGGUGAAGGCCGACGAAAGGAUCUUGAUGAUUUGGUGGAGGCAGCUCUGUUAUAUUAUGGUAGAAGAAAUUUGUUGGUCAACACAGCAAUUCCUUUGACUUUGGAGAAGGACAAUGAUCCUAGGUUGUUAAAAUCACCACUCAAGUUUCCUGGUAAACUUGCAGUUGAUAUCUUCAACAAACGACUCUUCAUUUCAGACAGUAACCAUAACCGAAUAGUGGUCACUGAUUUAGAUGGGAAUUUUAUAGUUCAAAUUGGGAGUAGUGGAGAAGAAGGUCUACGUGAUGGCAACUUUGACAAUGCAAUGUUCAAUCGCCCACAGGGUCUGGCGUACAAUGCCACGAAAAAUCUACUAUAUGUUGCAGAUACUGAGAACCAUGCUUUGAGGGUGAUUGAUUUUGUAAAUGAGGAUGUGCAGACUUUAGCUGGAAAUGGCACCAAAGGUUCAGACUAUAAAGGAGGAGGAAAAGGAACCACUCAGCUUUUAAACUCUCCUUGGGAUGUGUGCUUUGAGCCUGCAAAUCAGAGUGUGUACAUUGCAAUGGCUGGUCAACAUCAAAUUUGGGAGCAUAAUACUCUAGAUGGAGUUACAAGGGCUUUCAGUGGUGAUGGUUAUGAAAGAAACUUAAAUGGUUCAAGCUCUUCAACAACAUCGUUUGCACAACCAUCAGGGCUUUCUUUAUCACCAGAUGUGAAAGAGGCAUAUAUUGCUGAUAGUGAGAGCAGCUCAAUUAGAGCACUCAAUCUUACAACAGGAGGAUCAAGACUACUAGUUGGUGGUGAUCCUGUGUUCUCAGACAAUUUGUUCAAGUUUGGAGAUCGUGAUGGAAUUGGUUCUGAAGUACUCCUUCAACACCCGUUGGGUGUCUUAUGUGGAAAAGAUGGUCAAAUUUAUGUGGCAGAUUCUUAUAACCACAAGAUUAAAAAGGUAGAUCCAGCUACUAAAAGAGUAAGUACAAUAGCUGGCACUGGGAAAGCUGGCUUUAAAGAUGGAUCAGCUUUAUCAGCUCAGCUGUCAGAACCCGCAGGAAUUGUUGAAGCUGAUACAGGGAGACUAUUCAUAGCUGAUACAAACAACAGUCUGAUUAGAUAUUUAGAUCUGAACAAAGAAGAUGCAGAAGUUGUUACACUUGAGCUAAAAGGAGUUCGGCCUCCUGCACCAAAAUCAAGAUCUCCAAUUCGCCUUAGAAAACGAAAUUCAGCUGACACACAAACAAUCAUAGUCGAUGGUGGAUCUUCCAAUGAGGGUGACUUAAGCCUUCAAAUAUCUGUGCCUGAAGGUUAUCAUUUCUCAAAGGAAGCACGUUCCAAGUUUAGUGUUGAAAUUGAACCUGAAAAUGCAGCGGUUUUUGAUCCUUUGGAUGGGAAUCUAAGUGCAGAUGGAACUGCCAUUUUACAUUUUAAAAGAUCCUCUCCUUCACCCACCAUGGGUAGGGUUAAUUGUAAGGUAUUGGUAUACUAUUGCAAAGAAGACGAGGUUUGUUUAUAUCAAUCUCUUGUUUUUGAAGUACCUUUCAAAGAGGUAACCCCGGAAAAUACUCCACAAGAAAUAAAACUUCCGUUCCUUGUGAAGCCAAAAUCAUCACAAGGCAACUUACAGUUGCCCUAGUGUGAGGGAGGGGUUGCUGGAAAAAUAACUCUUUACCAGAAACAUGGGAAAUUGAUAUAAGUUUCUCUCGACAUCCAUAUAAAUUAUGUGAAGAAGAUUUACUUGAUAGGAUAUCACUGUAUAGAAUCACAGCAAAAAAUAUUUUUGUAUAAAAAAGUAAUAAGGAUGUGAGAAACCAUAAGUUCUUAUGAUUUACAUUUCGACCGGGUGUUCCGAUCAAUUUAACAUCGGGAGUUAAUAUUU